AUGGCAGACUUCUUGAAUACCUUUCAGCUCCAACUCCAACGCUUUCAACUCGAGAAAUGGGAAGCUCCUAAACUUUGGGAGCUUACCGGCUAUAUUUUUCUUGGAUUUCUCAUCCUGCUGGCCUUUGAUGCUAUCCGCUCCGCACUGCGGCCGGGCCUGAGGGGCUUACCGGGCCCGGCUUUCGCACGCUGGACCAGGUUGUAUCGCUUUUUUCUCUUCGCGGAUGGAGACGGACCUCGGAAACUGCUUCGUCUGCAUAAAACAUACGGACCAAUCGUCCGAGUUGGGCCGAACCAUGUCUACAUCUCUGACCCCAAAGCCCUUCCCAUUGUGUAUCCCUACAGCGGCAGAUACGCCAAGGUAGGUUUCGACUUUUACAAGGCUAUGGCUGGACGGUAUGAAGGAAAGACCCUGGAUAACUUAUUCACCCAGCAGGACUCGGAGGCACACAAGCGCUUGAAAGUACCAGUUUCACAAAAGUUUUCUGCCUCCGCCCUGCGCGCUUUAGAGCCCAUGUUUCACGACUGCAUCGAUGUUUUCUUUGAUGCAAUGGAUGAUCUUGCCGGCCAAAAGAUCGACCUAUCAACCUGGCUACAGUGGUUUACCUUUGAUGCGAUAGCCCAGUUGACGUUUCAGCGAAGAUUUGGCUUCAUGGAAGAACGAAAAGACGUCCGGAAUCUCAUUCCGGCGACAGAAGGAGUUGUAACCUACGGUGCUUUGGUCGGACUAAUUCCCGAGCUGCACAGAUUGCUCCUCGGCAAUGAUGUGACGACGGCCAUUUUAGGAUGGCUGAUGCCUAGUGCCAACGCGAUUGGAUAUAUCUUCCAGAUCACCGGCGAGGAGAUGAAAAGAUACGACGUCGAGGGUGGCAAAGACCGAGCCGACCUCCUUGCCUGGCUCAAAGGGGAGAUGAAUAAGGGCAACACUGAUCUAGGUCCCCGAGAGCUCUUUACCCACAUAUCUAGUAACCUUCUAGCUGGAAGCGACACAACUGCCGUGGCCCUGAGAGCCGUCUUUUAUCACUUGAUCAAGAAUCCUAACAAGUACCUCAAGCUGCAGCAGGAAAUCGACGAUGCCCAAGCAAAAGGCCAGUUGUCUGAGUACAUCGCUUUUGAGGAGAGCCAGAAGCUAGAAUACUUUCAAGCCGUGGUAAAGGAAGCAAUGAGACUGAACCCUUCCAUCGUACUCCCCUUUGAGCGAGUAGUUCCACCUACGGGCGAUACUAUUUGUGGUGUGAACCUACCAGGAGGCACGAUUGUCGCAAUGGAUACCGUCGUCGUCCAUCGAGACAAGGCAACAUUUGGUGAUGACGUUGAAUCGUUUCGUCCUGAAAGAUGGAUCGAUUCGGACCCGGAGCAGAUAAAGGCCAUGGAACGAGCCUUCUUUACUUUUGGAUAUGGAACGCGAACUUGCAUGGGCAAGAACAUUGCUUUGAUGGAGAUCGGCAAGGUUGUCCCGCAGACAUUACGGAGAUACACACUUGAGUGGGCGUCUGAUGAGCCGGAGUGGAGAGUUACAAGCUACUGGUUCGGGAAACAAGAGGGAGUGAUUGUAAAGUUUAGAAGGAGAUGA